CAUAGUUGAAGAGAUUUCAAUGUAGACAAAAUGUGAUGUCUACAAUAUUCAUAUGGAACAUCAAAUCCAAGAUGAGCUCAGAGACAAAUGGAACUAGGGAUGUUAGCCUUGUGGAUUGGACUCGAAUCUAUGUUUUUGAAGACGAUCUAGGGUUGGUGGUGCAUCCCCUUGCGAUUUGUGAGGAUCCGUUGGUGGUGCACCCCUUUGCGACCGCUGCUGGUUCUCCAUCUGGGUUUGGAUGUCUUGCUUUUGUUGGUGGUGAUGUUGGUGAUCAACGUUCUAUCACCCGUGGUCGAAGCAUCCAACGGUAGUGGUGUUUUGUAUUGGGGGCAUUGUGCGGCUAUGCUUUGGGGAGAUUGACCCAUAUGUUUGAGCUAUUUGUCUGGAGCCUUUGUUUUGGACUGUUGGGUUCUUUUUCUCUUUUUUAACUGUAAUGUGUAAUGUUUGAUUUUUUCCAUUGGGCUUGCCCAUUUGUUAUUUAAUGAACUGGC